CCGCGCCUUCCCGCUGGGUGACGCCGCCGCCCCGCGCCGCGGAGGCGGGACCCGGGCACGGCGGCGUUCGUUCGAGGAUUAUGUUGUGCUAGGUGGGAGGAGCGUUUUUCAUCAGGGACUUGGACUGUUUCAAGCAUUUUUAUGUGCACAGGAAUUAAGAUGGAUGAAAUGUUUCCUUGGUCAUAGCAGCAGCAGGACAUCUAAGGAACAUUGUCGUAACUGUUAAAGGGCAUAAUGCAGAAUCCAUUAACAGUUUCUGCAGGUGGUGUUUUUUUGCAUGCUAAUCCUGCAGAGAAACAUUGUGUCCAACAAAGUAUGCUGGGUCAGCAAAAGCAAGAAACUUGUGCUGGAAAGACAGUAUCCACAGAUAAACAGAAAUCUCCUUCGGAUAUAAUACAAAAUUUUCAGAAGAAAAGUCAGUUUAGGACCAUUGCUCCAAAAAUGGUACCAAAAAUUUUAACAUCUGGAGUGGUUCCUUGCCUUCAGUCAUCUUUGCCUGAGCCAAUGACACCAAUUUCAGCUUCAGGUUCCAAGCCCCUGGUGGUGCCAGCUCAGAACUAUGCUGUCAUGCAGGUGGCUGCUCACAAGGGCACAUUUUCCCUCUUGGCUGUGCCGUGUGUUGCUCCUGCCCUAACACAGCAAGUUCAGCAGUCGACUGUGGCCCCCUCUGAAAACCUAAAGCUUCCCAUCCCCAGGUACCAAUCUGUAAGAAAUAAAUUGCUGAGUGACAAAAAACCAGCACAAAUAUCUGGUGUGAGUGCACAUAACAAGAUUCCUACCAAAGCACUGAUCUCAUCACAGACUUCCCCCAUGACUGCUCUACCUGAAGACUGUCCUGAAGCUCAUUCUAGUUCAGAUUCAGCUGAGAAAGGGAUGAUAACAGACUGUGACUCAGCUGAAACUGAAGUUGCCACAUUAGCAAAUAAAAGCAAUUGUGUGAAAUCUGGAUCUCUUUUAAUGAACAAAACUGAAAUUGCUAGCAAUAAUAUUUCUGGACCAUCUGUAGUUGAAGACUCUCCAUCCAAGCCAGCACGGACAACUUAUUCCAUGAAACUAAGUCUAGACUCUGUGAAGACAACAUUGGAAACCACAAGAGAGUCACUCCUGACAUCUGAGAAACCAAAGGGAAAACCCACUAAUUCUGCAAAUCCUGUUGCUGUCUUGUCACCAACAGUUUUUGGCAGUACAAUUCAGAUGACUCCAUCAACACCAAAAGGAAAACUUCCUAUUUUGCCUUACUCAAGAAUGAAAAAUUCAGUGUUCUGUGAAUCUAAGCAGAAUGCUAAUGCUGUGGAUAUACCUGUGGAUAUAUCAGUAAAAUCUGAAUGUGAAAAGAAACCAUCUUUGAUGAAAACCAAAGCCUUUGAUAAGCAAUUAGGUGUAUCAUUUACACAAGUUCCUAAACAAACCAUCCGAGAAAAUACCUUCUCUCCAUCCAGCAAAGUGGAUGAUGUUGACAGUCUUAAAAAAUUGAACAGUGCUACCUCUAAAAGAAGAGGCAGGAAGAAAAAAGCUCCGGAAGAUUCAUUGGCUUUUCAGGCCAAGAGAAUGAAAUGCAUCAUUAGUAAGUUUAGAGAAGGAAGAGAGAGGGCAAAGGUUGAUACUCAGACACCUGAAGACAAUAAAGCAGCCACAAUGAAAAAAUACCGCAGUAUCAGACCUAAACCAGUGGUAGUUGUGCAGGGGUUGGCACCACUGGCUCCUGCAGCAAUCGGAGAGACACCAUCUCAUGAGCAAGAGUUAUUUUUAAAUGGUUCACUCACCAAUAAAUGUGUAAGUUCCAAGCACAGUGAUGUUACAUCAGCUAAAUCAAGUGGUCUAAGUAGAAAUCCAUGUUCAGCCGUCCCUAAGCUGCCGCACAGGUGCCAUGUUUGUAACCACACGUUCCAGUUCAAGCAGCAUCUCCAGUACCACAUGAAAACGCACGCGAGCCGGCGGCCCUACAGCUGCAGCAUCUGCAGGAAGACGUACAUCUACUCUGGGAGACUGCGCACCCAUGUGAAGCUGCAUCACAACGAGGGCAAGCCCAAAAAGCUGGUGUGCUGUGAAUUCUGUGCUAAAGUGUUUGGCCAUGCGAGAGUGUACUUUAGCCACCUCAGAGAAGUGCACAGGGUUGUUAUCAGCACAGAGCCCUCCAUUAGCGAGCAACAGAUGCAAGAUACUUUAAAGAAGAGAGACAGGAAUAUGAAAGAGGCAGAAGAAGCUACAGAGAGGGGAAGUAAGUGCAAUUUUGAGGACCUAUUCCAUAACCCGGGAGGAGUGAAAUUACAGGUCAAAUGUGGUCGAUGCCAGUUUAUUGCAGAGUCUUUUGGUGAAAUUAAGUUUCACUUAUUGUGUUGUCAUGGAGAAGAGAUUCAGGGAAGAGUUAAGGAAGGGGAUUUGCAAGGAAGCAGAGGAACAAAGAGGGAACUGGUCAUGCAUACAACCCACGUGUGGAAACAGCACAGUGAGAGAAGACGUUUGGCAAAGUGCAGUCCCCGUCAGGAGGAGCUGUGUUCUGUUCCAAAACCGAAGAGACAGAUACACUUCCACCAUCAAAAUAAUGUCAGUAUUUUACCUAAAAGUGUACCAACUCAGUCAGGAGGUACUGAGGCCUCCAAGGAGAUGCAAAAUGUGGGGUUUGGUACACCAAAGAAAAAAAUAGAAUUUUGCUCUAAAGGAGGCUAUAACUGCAUUUUAUGCAAACAGUUAUUUGGAAGAAAAGAGGAUCUUUGUAAUCAUUGGCAGAGUCAUCAUAAUUGUGAAGACCCUUCCACUUUAUGGACAAUUUUUACUUUGGUAUCGAAACCAGGAGUUACUGAACUUUCUGAUAAGGGUGAAUAUUGAAGCUCAACUCUACAGUGUAUGAAAAACAUUAAUUACCUUACCAAAUUGUUUUUUCACUAUCUUGCUAAACUAACUCAACGGAUGUAUCACUUCAAAGGUUUGUUAGCUGGAUUUGUUUGGGAUAUUUUUUAAAGUAGUACUAACCUUUAUUUUGGAGACUUGAAAAGGUGUUUAUUCCAUAUCAUUCCAGAUGGGUACAUGGAAGCUGAUUAUGAAUCCUUGUACUUAAAAUUUAUGCUUAAGAAACUUUAUAACAGCAAAUACUCAACACUAAUGGUAACCUCAAGGAAAUAUAUUUGUGAAUUAAAUUAUUAUGUAUGCCCAGAAAUAAAUCAAUUUAUAUGAAGUAAUCUCCAUCUAAAGUGAAAUUACAAACCUGAGUGCAAGUCAGGUCCCAGCUAUGCUUCCAGAUUUUGUGGUAAAUGCAUAUUUCCAUACAGUUCUCUCGUUCAUUUAAAUGUGCAUACAUGCAACUGGCACUCAGGAGCUUUAUAGUCUAUAAUUAAAGAACUUUUAGUUCUUGUUUUCUUGAUUUUAGUGUCUUCAAACCUGUUCAUUGCUUGUAGGUGUUUUUGGUGUUCAGUUCUCUCCUGGUAACAGCAAGGAUCUUUGUAUUUUAGAAGUAAAAACUCUACAUGUGUUUAUUUCCCUGUAGCUUUUUGGUUGAAGAUGAGUUGCCACACAUUAAGAUGGAGCCCAGCACAUUUCCAAGGGGGCAGGUCCUGUCAGACUGUAAAGGGGUGGAGUUCUGGAUCUUGGUUUUGAUGAAAAGGUCAUUGAAACCAUUGAAUCCAACUUGAAACUGGUGUUUCAACUCUUAAAACCAUAUUUCCUCUGAAUUAUUUGGAGAGCAAUAGUGAAGGCAAGUCUAAGAAAUCACUACAUCACUCUCCAACAGAAGUCAGAGCAAGCUGAAAAAUAUACCAGUACUGUCCCUACAGUACUACUCUAUUCAUUCCUUGCUGUGGUCAACUGUAAUUGAGGGAUUGCAAUGAUUAAAGAGUCAUUCCUAAAAUAGCCUGUUUUCUAAAAAUUAUGGUGAUGAAAACAUGAGAAGAGAUCUAAAAAUAUUGAGCUUUCUGUGUGGGAUUCCACAAGCUGUUGCAAUAUUUUGUGUACAUAUUUUGUUUUUAAACAGUAAAGGCAAUCUUGAUGACCUAA